UUAUCCAUCCUCAUUACGUCGUGGCCUUGAGGGGCUGCUGAGCACCUGAGAGUAUAAAUACGAGAGCGGACCUCAUUCAAGAAAACCACAGAGACAGGACACAGAGCCGAUCAGCCAGCAGGAGGAACGGAGCUUCAACCCAACCAUCAAUGAUGAUAAAGAUGCAGUGUGUUUCCUGGCUCUCGGCCGCGCUCGUCCUGUGGGCGUGUGGACCGGCGGCAGACGGACAGUGCUGGGAUCUCGCCAACUGCCUCGGACUUGGCUCUCGGGACAAAAUAACAGACUGCAUCUGGCAGUGCAGGCCGAAGCAGCUGGUCAGUGGUACUGAAAGCCUGCUCGCAAAUCCGCAGCAGAGUGACGAGGAAGACGAGGACGAGGAUGAGGAGAAGGAGGAGGAGGAGGAGGACAGCCUGAGCCUCGGGGUCCUGCUCUCAGCUCCCAGCGUGAGACCUCAGCGCAGUGAAGAGAGACCUUCUUACUCCAUGGAGCAUUUCCGCUGGGGGAAGCCCAUGAGCCGCAAGCGCCGGCCGGUCAAAGUGCACGCGUCCGUCUCGGCAGACGACGAAAGUCAAGAGGAGCCGUCCACGGAGACGCCUUAUCCAUCACUCGACAGGCGUCAGCUGGAGGGCGGCGAGGGGCGCGAGCAGAAGAAGAACACCAACACCAAGAGCACCAAGUACCGCAUAACCCACUUCCGCUGGAGCGCUCCUCCCGCCGCCAAGCGCUACGGAGGCUUCAUGAAGCCGUGGUCCGAGAGAUCCCACAAGCCCCUGCUCACGCUGCUCCGCAACAUCAUGGUCAAAAACGGACAAUGAGCAACGACGGAAAGAAACGUCGCUGUUUAAUAGGCUUAGCGUUAAUUUAUUCCUUCUGUAGUUCAGCAGGACUUCAUAAAACAUCUACGAUAUCAGAAACCUGACGAGGUCGUCUGCUCUGUGUCUGCUUCCAUCUAAAGAAAAACUAAAGAAUGAUUAAAAUAUACACGUCCAUAUCACUGAUCCCUUUCACAUUUAGGAAGAAAGAAAGAAAGAAAGAAAGAAAGAAGUGAGAGAUGUCGAAGAAGGAAGGAAGGAAGGAAGGAAGGAAGGAAGGAAAGAAAGAAAGAAAGAAAGAAAGAAAAAGAAGUGAGAGAUGUCGAAGAAGGAAGGAAAGAAAGAAAGAAAGAAAGAAAGAAAGAAAGAAAGAAAGAAAGAAAGAAAGGAGAAAUGUCGAAGGAAGGAAAGAAAGAAAAAGAAAGAAAGAGGUAAGAGAUGAGGAAAGAAAGAAAGAAAGAAAGAAAGAAAGAAAGAAAGAAAGAAAGAAAGAAAGAAAGAAAGAAAGAAAGAAAGGAGAAAUGUCGAAGGAAGGAAAGAAAGAAAAAGAAAGAAAGAGGUAAGAGAUGAGGAAAGAAAGAAAGAAAGAAAGAAAGAAAGAAAGAAAGAAAGAAAGAAAGAGAGUUUUCAACAGAGGUCUGGUUUCCUAUAGCAAAGUUUUAUUUUAUUGUAUUUUAUUUGAUGUGAUGUGAUUAAGGAGGAUGUGGUUUUUAUUCUUCUGUCAGUUUUUUCUGAGCUGAAAGUGUAAAAGCGUCCUGUCACUCAGCACCUGUCCAUUUCUCAGUGACCAUGUAAACAUGACAUAUUUAAAUAAACCUGCAAUGAUUCAA